AUUAAAUGCACAGACCUUGUAUUGAAUGAGUAGUCAUCGCAUUGAAUGUUGAGUCCUCAAAUUGAAUUUCAUAUAUUUGAUACUUGGUCAUCUUAAUUAUUGCUUCGUGUAUUUUAAUAUUUCAUGCUUGAACAUUUUAAUAUCUGAUGCUUGCAUAUCCAUUAUUUAAUUUGAGUUUAUUUCAACUCUCACCACCACUAGUUCUUUCUCGAUGUUGGGCUCACAGCAGACUUAAUGCUGGAUUGCUGAGCUUGCUGGGAAAUGGGGAAUAAGCUCCUACAUCCGGGCAAUCACAGUGACAGACGAGCGAUCCGGCGACACGGGGACAAAAAAAAAAAAAAAAAAAAAAAAAAAAAAAAAGGAAAACUGAACGCUAAAACAAGCAGUACAAUAUAAUACAGAAUAGAGCAGCACAGCUGGUUAUGAAACUGGUGUAACCACUUUGUCUAGGAAUAGAGUACCCCUGUACGCUGGACGCCUGGGAGACUCGGUGAGUGUUGGUAUUGUUUGUGAAGUAUCGGCUUGCACAGGCCCGGUUGUCUGCUGUGGGAAGUAGCAGCGCGUUGCGACUCCGUGAAGCUGUGGGAUUGGGAUCUUCUGGUGGUUUCCACGGGGUAACUGCAUCAAGGACGCAAGAUGUAACUUUUUCUGGAUCACCAAAUGUGAACAGUAACACGUUGCCAAGACAAAUUGUGAUUUUUUGUGACCAACAGCGACAUUCAGUUGCUGACUCUGUGGAGGUCCCUUGGUAGAGGUUGCUUACAUACAUGUUUUUUCAUGAAGAGAGGGGAGAAACCCGAAGGACACAGACAGAUGAGGCCGAAAACCUUCCCCACGAGCAACUACACCGGCAAUAGCCGGCAAAUGUUGCAGGAGAUCCGGGAGAGCCUGCGCAACCUGUCUAAGCCGUCCGAUUCUGCCAAGACUGAGCAGGGAUCUGGUAAAGGAGUGACUGAGGACCCCAGGCAGCAGGGCCGGAACAGCAACCCCAAGUUUGUCACCUACCACAAAGCCCUCCAGGAGAUCCGCAAUUCACUCCUUCCCUUUGCAAAUGAGCCCAGCUCCUCUGGAAGAGGAGGCUCAGAAGUCAACAGACAGAUGCUACAGGAUUUGCAAGCGGCUGGGUUUGAGGAAGAGAUGGUCAUUCUCGCGUUGAAACAAACCAAUAGUCGAAGUUUGGAGGCAGCCAUUGAAUACAUCAGUAAAAUGAGCUACCAGGACCCUUGGAGGGAGCAGAUGGUGGCUGCUGCUGCAAGGCCAGUCAAUGCAGGGAUGAAAACGCCAGGUUCAGGCCAUGUCCAGCAGCCGAUCAACCGCAAGCAGAGCUGGAAGGGUUCAAAGGAGUCUUUAGUUCAGAGACACGGGCCUCCCCUAGUGGAGGGAGUGAUGUACUGCUCUGAUAGCCCUGGCCCACCAUCUGAAAUGGGUGUACGGCCCCUGUCAGGCUCAGGACUAACAGCUUUCUCUCAGGUUCACCAGGGAAAUGGGCAGCGUGUUAACCCUCCCCCGCCUCCACAAGUGCGGAGCGUCACACCUCCUCCUCCCCCACCCAGAGGUACCACACCACCCCCAUCUUCCUGGGACACCAACCCCUCGACCAAGCGCUUUUCAGGCAACAUGGAGUACCUGGUGCCUCGCAUCUCUCCAGGCCCCCAGGGGGCCUGGCCAGAGGGCUACCCAGUUCCACCUCCACCAGGUCAGCGAGGCAUUAGCUCUGUGCUCUUGGGCCGGCAGCCUAUCAUCAUGCAAAGCUCCGGGGGGGCCAAGUUCAGCUUUCCACCUGGCUGGUCUCAGAAUGGGACAGGCCAGCCAGACUUCCUAGGCCCCCCGCCACCUUACCCUAUGUCCCAGGGCAGCCGACAGAGCCCCCCUGCUUCACAGAUGCAGGCUGGAGGACCAGCCUCCUCGCCCACCUAUGCCAAUGGUAGCAACCUCCCCCAGUCAAUGAUGGUGCCCAGCAGGAAUAGUCACAACAUGGACCUUUACAUUGCCGGUAUCCCCUCCUCAUGGCCCCAGCCUCUUCCUCCCAGCCAGCCUCAAGCCUCCACAGGUAAUGGUGGGCAUGAAAUUCCCACCUCCUGGCAACAAAAACUUCCUGUGCGUUCCAACUCCUUUGCAAACCCCCAGCUGAAUGGCCGUCAGAGCCAUCCAGCCAGCUCCCAACCAUCAGCUACCACUGUGACUGCCAUCACCCAGGCGCCCAUCCUCAAACCUGUCAAGAGCAUGAGGGUACAAAAGCCUGAGUUACAGACGGCCGUGGCACCCACUCACCCUCCCUGGAUGCAGCAGCCACCCCCUCCAUCUGGCUCAUACCAGGAGGCUCCUCCUUCUAUUGGUCAGUCUCCUGUGGUUGCCGAAGUCCCCAGUUACCAGGGCCCCCCUCCGCCCUACCCCAAACACCUCCUCCAGCAGCCCAAUCAGCCCUGUGACUCCUCUACCAAAUCAGGCAGCAGCAAAGAGGAUCAAGGUGGCGGAGCUGGAAGAAAGGAACAAGAGGAUAGCAGCAGUGGGAGUGCUAAUGAGAGAGCAGAAGUCACCGAAGGAGCAGUAGGGGUGUCUGUCGUAUCAGCAGACAAGGAGAAGAAGCAGAUCACUACAUCACCGGUGCCAGUCAGGAGAAACAAGAAGGAUGAGUCGCGCAUUCAGAUCUACUCCCCGCAGGCCUUCAAGUUCUUUAUGGAGCAGCAUGUGGAGAACAUCUUAAAGAAUCACCAACAGAGAUUACGACGCAAAAAUCAGCUUGAGAACGAGAUGCAGCGGGUGGGUCUCUCUGAAGAUGCUCAGAAGCAGAUGCGGAUGAUGCUGUGCCAGAAGGAGUCCAAUUACAUCCGGCUAAAAAGAGCCAAGAUGGACAAGUGCAUGUUUGUGAAGAUCAAAACCCUGGGCAUUGGGGCCUUUGGGGAGGUGUGUCUAGCCAAGAAGGUUGACACCAAUGCUCUGUAUGCCAUGAAGACCCUGCGCAAGAAGGAUGUGCUGCUGAGGAACCAGGUGGCCCAUGUAAAGGCAGAGCGGGACAUUCUGGCUGAGGCUGAUAACGAGUGGGUAGUGCGUCUCUACUACUCCUUCCAAGAUAAGGACAAUCUUUACUUUGUCAUGGACUACAUCCCUGGCGGGGACAUGAUGAGCUUGCUGAUUCGCAUGGGCAUCUUUCCUGAGGAGUUGGCCCAGUUCUACAUUGCUGAGCUCACCUGUGCAGUGGAGAGCGUGCACAAGAUGGGCUUCAUCCACCGCGACAUCAAGCCAGACAACAUUCUCAUCGACCGAGAUGGGCACAUCAAGCUUACUGACUUUGGACUCUGCACAGGCUUCCGCUGGACCCAUGACUCGAAGUACUACCAGAGCGGUGACCAUGUGCGACAGGAUAGUAUGGACUUCAGUAAAGAAUGGGAAGAUCCAACAAACUGCCGCUGCGAGGACAGACUGAAACCUCUGGAGCGACGAGCAGCCCGACAGCACCAGCGAUGUCUAGCACACUCCUUAGUCGGGACACCAAACUACAUUGCACCAGAGGUCUUGUUGAGGACAGGCUACACCCAGCUGUGCGAUUGGUGGAGUGUUGGUGUCAUUCUUUAUGAAAUGUUAGUGGGACAACCUCCGUUCCUGGCAUCAACUCCAUUGAAAACACAACUAAAGGUGAUAAACUGGCAGGCAACCCUUCAUGUCCCCCCUCAUGCCAAGCUGAGCCCAGAGGCAUCAGACUUGAUCAUCAAGCUGUGCCGGGGACCCGAGGACCGUCUGGGAAAGAAUGGGGCCGAUGAGAUCAAAGUUCAACCUUUCUUCAAAACCAUUGAUUUUUCCACUGACCUCCGCCAGCAAGAGCGACCUGCUCCCUACAUACCCAAGAUCACACACUCCACGGACACCUCCAACUUUGAUCCCGUGGACCCAGACAAGCUGUGGAGCAGUGGUGAUGAUGGCGAGGGCAAUCUGAACGACACUCUAAACGGCUGGUACAAGAACGGCAAGCACCCCGAGCACGCCUUCUAUGAGUUCACCUUCCGACGCUUUUUUGAUGACAAUGGACACCCCUACAGCUAUCCUAAACCCAUAGAGUAUGACGGCUAUGACCCAGAGGACCCGGACUCGGAGCAUGGGGGGGAGGAUGGAUCCAGCCAGACAGGACAUGCUGGACAGAGCCGGAAUUUAGUAUAUGUGUAGAUUAAGUGAAAGCUACCCUGCACAAACACACACAGACAUUGCCAGCUCCUUCUGAGUUUGUUGGCAAAGGAGGAGGGUGGAAAUUGCAUUUUUUUUUAUUUUAUAGGAUUGUAGAGAGGUUGCAUUACCUGAUGAAGCAUUACGCUUAUGUGGCACUAUCUGAAGCUGUUGACCAGACCUGGCUUUGGCGAACCUAGCCCGGGAUGUCGGAAACUGAUUGAAGCACUAUAGAGAAGGCUGCAUGCACUGGCUUCUGUUUGUGUUGUAGUUGUAUAUCUAAAAGUGGGGGGGUUGCACAGGUGCUUGUUAUGGUCCUCGAACUUGCUGUUUGAACAAAGAUGUUCUAAUAAUAGUGUAAAGGCAACUAAUGCUAAAAAAAUGUAUAUAGAGUAAUCCGUCGCAUAUCCGACUGCGGUGGGACCAGUGUAAGGGUGGAUCUGUAAAAAGUCAGUUGAAUGAAUCCUGUUUUAAAUACCAUUAUACUCAGCUGCAACAGCUGCUGUAUUCACACAAUUUUUUCGAGUUUCAACUUUUCUUAGGGAGCUCCCCUAAAUUCCAUGUUUAGAAAGAUACUUGUGGCAUAGUAGCCAUCUGCCGUGUGGAUGCAUGCAUUCGAUGCUGAGUGACAGGCAGGAAAUUGUGACAGAGGUUGAAGUUGAUAUGCUCCGCAGGCAAACCAGUGUCCUGUGACACAACCAGCAAUGGCAGAACACGUAGUACAUUCAGCACUGUGUACGAAAACUUUGGUAGGAUCUACAAUAGCUGAACUAAUCUUCUCUGUUCAAUAAUAAACUAACAUUGCUGAAGAGAUGAUCAUGGCAGAUAAAUGGUAAAGGCAGAUAUGUGACUGAUUACUUUAUAUGAAUCGCUGUUUUACAGAAUAGAAACCCCUUUCAGCCUUAAUUUAUUUAAAUAUUAUUAACUGGUGGUAUUGAAUGCAUAUUCAGGAUGAACACUAAAGUUUUUACUCAAUUUAAGAUCAGUUUUUUCCUUUGUAAAAUUACUUAAGUUAUAUUUACAUCAAUUGGCAAUGUCUUAUAUCUUUCACAGUGGAAGUCAGUGGGGUUAAUUUGAGAAGUAGUUCCCAAUGGAUUUUGUAAAUAUGCCAAGCCUAUGAAGUAAAUUGACGUUGCAUGCCUUUGAGAUUUAAAUUUGUUUGCUUUUACCAAAUAUGUGAACAUGUGAAUCAUCCUGGCAUGUGUGUGUGUUUUUUUUUUUUUUUUUACACUUAGGUAAUUUUUAGGAGUCAUAACUAGCAGUUAAUUUUAUUUAUGCAUAUAAAUGUAUUUAUAAAUUAUGUUGUAUAAAGAGUUUAAUCUGGAUGUAAAUACCUUUCUUACUUAUCCUGUUGGUUUCAGUGAUGAGCAAUUUUAGGGCAGGCCCAUUUUUCUUUUUAUUUUCUUAAUCUAGCUUCUCAUUCUGGCUCACUAGAUUAGUGUGUGGGUCUGGGUAUUGUUCCCUAAGAUAAAUUAGAGAAAAUCAUACAAUAUGUCAUUCCAGUUUGGCCACCCCUCUUAAUGUCAACCAAGGAAUGUGCCUUCUACAAUACAGACAAAGUACUAAAACAUACUCAAUAUACCUUCCCUAUGUUGGGAAACACAGAGUAGACACUGUUCUCUGGAGUGGGGAGCAGGGGGCCUCUGAUCGCUUGCUGUUCAGUGAAAAGUGGGCAUUAGCAGAUACAGGCCAAAUGUACCUGGACCUAUUUAAACCAAAACUUAAGCGUAGCUAAACAUAUCACACUUCGUUUCACAAGACUGAAUUAAAAAUGUUUUUCAUUUGGUUCAAUUGUUGUGCCGGUUUGAAUGUAGCUCUGGAGUCUGAUAAAUGGUGUGUUUUUGAUUUUAGAGUAAUCAUGAUCUUGGGUUCAGUUAUUUGUGUAACAUUUCUGAUGGGGGGGGGGGGAAUAAAAAACUUAAAGCACAAU